UCGGGAACCUCAACGCGUCAGUAGCAAAUUGGACGUCGAGGAGAGAGCAUGGCGCGCUUGGCUCUCUGGCUCAUAUCUGUGGUGGUGAUUGGUGUUGCUGUGCCUGAGGUAAAUGGGGGCAAAAUAAUCUUCCCAGAAUCGGAAGAAGUCGCUGCAGGUGCCCAGGUACACGAAGACGAUGAGUCUUCGCAUUCUGAAUCUCGCGGGCUGUGGGAGAGCGACCUCUUCUUCCUGCAGAAGCUCUCCAACCUCUUCGGCGGCAAGGAAGAGGAGAGGGAGAACCCGGGGCGCCCUUCGCGCUUCCGGCCGGAGCAUCUCCCUCCUCAGAUGUUCUUCGACAACCGUCGAGUGGGCAGCGACACUCGCAGGCGCCCGGUGCAGGGGGCCGUGAGGCAGAAGUUCCGUGUGCCGGGUCCUCCGUCUUCCGUCGUCGCCCCUCCUCGCCCCGUGAACCCGCAGGUGCCCCUGGGGUCGCCAGCGACGUUUGGCCAGCCAAACCGGCCCAACCCUUCGGCCGGCGUUCCUCUUCGUCAGAAUGUCCUCGCCAUUCAUCCCCAGCAGCAGCAGCGCCCUGUAUUCACCCUGCCAAAGCAAGACGUCCCUCCUGCGCCGGACGCCUUCCCUCAGCCUUCGCAGAACCACGUCAUCCGCCUAAAGCCGACCUUCACUUCCUCGCUGCCCCGGCCCACGCUUCCCUCCCCGGCUGGCGUGUCUCAGGCCGCACCCGAAGGCAGUUUUCCUUACCAGUUCGUGAAGCCCGGAAGCCCCGUGGUCAGCACGACCAGCCGUCCUUUGGCCGCCCCCUCCGCACAUCCUCAGAAAGUGGAUUCCUUCUCGAAGCCUCUCAAACAGAAAAAGCCCACGCUGCUGGGAUCCCUGGCGGAGCUGACGGGCGGCUUCCUGGGCGGCACCAGGAGGACCCAGCAGAAUCACCCGCGACCGAUGCCGCAGCCGCAGAGAGUCAUCAUUCCGCCGCAACAGAAACCCACACAGAAGAAACCAGUCUUGGAAGACACAUUCAACCCAAGCCCCCCAGAGGGAAGCCCCCUCGUCGACGCCUUCCAGCCGAUGUUCGUCGCGUCGCCGUCAGUAGACAACCUCGGCAAGGACGCGAUGAAGCCGAUGAAGAUAGCGCAGAAGAGGACGGCAACCACGACCACAACGAGCCAGCCGGAGUUGGUCGAUUUUUUUUAGAGUGAAGAAAUCGAAACUUAAAUAAGCAAGAAAAAAAACUAAUCUAAUUUAUGCUCUAUAGUAUUAGAAUUUGAAUUAGAACAGGGAUAAUUCCCUGCAUCAUCUAAACGGUGUUUUCUUUCAUUUUCAUUCUAUUUAUCGCUCAUGCUACGUAAACAAACCAAUAAAUGUCAAUCAUAUGCUUUAAGAUUUUUGUAUACUGGGAAUUUAUACUGAUUAUACAAGUCUGUAUAGCGUACAGACAUAUAUAUGCGUGUAAAUAUAUAUAGAAUAUAAUAGUGAUAAGUGAGCCAAAGUACAUUAGACGCACAGGUUUGUCACUGUUCGAGGAGAUGUCGGGAAACAAUUUAUCAGAAGAAUUAAGCUUCUUCAGUACCUGUAUUAUUUCACUGUCAGCAAGAACAAGAGUCACUGACCCCUUUUCGUUCCCAAUAUACUUUCCUUAGAGUGACAGACGCGAUCUAUUCCGUCGUUUUAUAUAUCAGUUUGUGUUUUGUAUUAAGGUCCUGCAGGUCAGUGACUUUGUUUAUUUGUUGUUAUUUUCUAAUUAUUAUUUAUUGUUGAUUUAU